UAAACACAAAAAUUCCCGUAAAAUCACAAUUUAUUUUACUGAUAAUUGUAAUUUAUCUAUGAAAAUAUUUUUGCCAACACCAUCCUAAUUUAAUUUUGGGACAACAUGAGCAUGGAAUCUCUAAUUCCCAAUAUUUUCUGGAGUCUGCAAAGGUAAAGCUGCAAUUCCAGGCAGCUGGAACACCUAAAAUUGAGAUCCCGGAUCCCAUUCUAAGAGGGUGGAAAAUUAAAUUCCUUAAUUCCCACUAUUUUGUUGAUUCAGUGAUGCCAGGGAGCUCUCCUAGAAGUUAACGAGCUCCCGGCUCCAACUCCAGCAGUCUGGAAAACGGAAUUCCCGAAUUGCCAGCCAGGGCAUUCCCACAGCGCUCCUCCAGCCCUGCUUUUCCAGCCAUUCCCAUCGGGAUUUCCCUCCCUUGAGGGCUCCUUUUACCCCUUAAACCCAUCUUAGCUCAGCAUUUCCUUUUCCUGCGGAAAAACCCCAAACCAGGAGCGGGAAGGGGCGUGGAGAAAAGUGGGAAUUUCCCUCAAAUGUCCCCGCCCGGAGCCGUUCUCGCUCGCGGGGCCCUCACAGCGCUUUGAGGGGAACGGAGCUGUGAGGGGAAAGGCGCCGUGAGGGGAAAGGCGCCGUGAGGGGAAAGGCGCCGUGAGGGGAAAGGCGCCCUCCGGAAAAAGGCACCGUGAGGGGAGCGGAGCCGUGAGGGGAACGGAGCCAUGAGGGGAAAGGCGCCGUGAGGGGAACGGAGCCGUGAGGGGAAAAGCGCCCUCAGGAAAAAGGCACCGUGAGGGGAAAAGCGCUGUGAAGGGAGCGGAGCCGUGAGGGGAACGGAGCCGUGAGGGGAAAAGCGCCGUGAGGGGAAAAGCGCCCUCAGGAAAAAGGCACCGUGAGGGGAAAAGCGCCGUGAGGAGACGGUGCCCUGAGGGGAAAGGCGCCGUGAGGGGAAAAGCGCCCUCAGGAAAAAGGCACCGUGAGGGGAAAAGCGCCGUGAGGGGAGCGGAGCCGUGAGGGGAAAAGCGCCCUCAGGAAAAAGGCGCCGUGAGGGGAAAAGCGCCGUGAGGGGACGGUGCCGUGAGGGGACAGCUCCCUGAGGGAGAUGGCGGGAAUGGCGCUUCCAAGGAUUCCCUGGAAUUUUCCCGCUCUCUGCUGGCUCCUGGCCGUGCCCAUUCCCGGCUCCCUGGGUUUGGAAUGCCAGGAGCACCAGUACAGCUUCCAUGAGAAAUGCUGCAGCGACUGCGCCCCAGGGGAGAGGAUGCGGAGUCGCUGCACGGCCUCGGCCGACACCGUGUGCUCGCCGUGCCAGGAUGGAUAUUUCAGCUCCCAGCACCACCACGGCUUCUGCCAAAGCUGCACCAUCUGCAACGCCCGGAAGGGCAGCGUGGAGGUGAAGCCAUGUGAGAAGACCUCGGACAGGGUCUGCGCCUGCCAGGCGGGAUUCCAGCCUGCCGGGGGCGUUCCUGUGGGAAGGGAGUGCUCCCGAUGUCCUCAAGGGACUUUCUCCAGAGGAGGGAACGAGAACUGCCAGCCUUGGACCAACUGCAGCAGUUUUGGGAAGAGCACGCUCCGGGCUGGCACGGGCACACAGGAUGCCCAGUGCAGCAGCAGCCCUGGCAGUGCCAGCAGCCCUGGCCCACAUCCCUCUCCCACGGAAUUCCCAGAAAACAGGGACCCCUCUCCCACGGAAUUCCCGGCAAACAGGGACCCCUUUCCCACGGAAUUCCCCGAGAACAGCUCCAGAGCAUCCAGCCCCAGGGAGAUCCCCGGGGUCUGUCGGGACCCCGGCGUUGCCACGGAGCCUGGAUGGGGCUCUUUAUCCCUGCUCCUGCUCUGCCUGCUCCUGCUGAUGGUGAGUGGAAUUUCCAUCCUGCUCCUGAUCGUCCAGGCAGCCCAGAAAAAAGCCAGGAAUGGGCCUGGGAGGAGCACCCAGCACAAGGAGAGGAGCUGCAGGAUUCCCAUCCAGGAGGAGCAGAUCGAUUCCAACUCCAGCCUCAUCAAAAACUGACUCCACCUGGGGCUGCUCCUGCUCCUCUGAGCCCGUGGGGCUGAGCAGCACUGGCACUAAUUAGGGCUUCUUUUGCUUAAUUGGGAGUUAAUUUGAGGCUGGUUUAACUCUGAUUAACUCAGCAUCUCCCUUUGGAAUUUGGGAGAAUUCCUGAGGGAAUUUUGUGUGGAUUUUUUUUUCUUUUGGGCAAAUCCUUGAGCUCUAAAAUCAGGAUCAAGUGGCAGAGCUGAGCUCUAAAAUCAGGAUUAAGUCAGACUCAAUCCACACUUCAUGAAAUGAAUUUUCCCUCUUUAAUUGCUUUUCCACAAAUCUGGAAAGGAAAUUUUUUUUGGGAGCAAAUCCCAAACUCUGCAAUGUCUGGGAGGAGCCCAAAGUGUCCUUUUGCUGAAUUUGAAAUAUUUCCCUGGAAAUUCCAGAAAAAUGGAAUUUUUUAUCAUUCAGGAGUGAUUUUGCCUCCAAAACUCCUCAAAAAAUGGGAAUUUGAAACCCAUAUCCCAAAAUAUCCCAAAGCAUCCAGCAGGGAAUGGAUGCAGGGAUCUCAGAGGUGUUUAAAUCCAUGGAUUUGGAAGAUUUGGGGUUUUUUAUAUGUUAUACAUAUCCAAAGGGGUUUAUACAAUGUAUAGGAAGGUUUGUAUCGUGUACAAAGGGGCAUUUUGGGAAUAAAACUCUGGAAAAACAAA